AGAUCCGAGAAGUUGAGAGAAGGGCGGGAGUGGAAAUGGGAAAAAGAGCAAAAUGAAAUCGAAUCAGCUGUUUGUAUCACGCAACAGGUUCUCUCGGAUCCACCGGUAUCCAUUCAUCUUAGCAAUGAGAAUAAAUAUAACGGUAUUGAAAGAAGGUGA